AUGCUGGAUGCAACUGGAAUUAAAGAACUGACAUACAGAUCCUUACAAGUGGAGAGACUUGUAGCAGACAGAAAAUAUGAAGACAUUAUGUACCACCUCUCUUACUUUGACACUCUUGAGGUCAGUCUACAAACCCUUCAACAGGCAGACGUCAUCAGGGUUGUUUACAGGGUACUUAAGAGCUGUUCCCAAGGAGCUAUGAAAAAGAAGGCCAAGUGCAUACUGUCCAAAUGGAAGCUCUUAUACAAAGAGAGCUGUUCCCAUCCCAAGCUUCUCGAAGAAAACCACACAGGUGAAAGCAAAGAAAGUUGUAACAAAGAACUUGUAACAGUGCAGCCAAUCCCAGAAAAUGAACAAGACAAAAGUGUUCUGGGUAGUAUAAUGGAUCUUCAUUUGUCUACAGCAACUCAAGAAAAAAAUGCUGAAAACACUGAUUCAACAUCUCAAGAAGCUUGUUGUACAAAGUCCAGUCAAGAAGGUCAAGAGAGAAAAUCAUUGCUGAGGAAUUAAGAGUAAAAUGCCGAGAACUUUUGAGCCAAGCUUUAUCUCAUACUACAGAAUGCCUGGAGAAAACAAAUAGAUAUGCAAUUGAGCUAGAGGAAAGCAUCUAUAAUAUGUAUGCUAGAGAAGAGAAGAAGUAUAGAAACUGUGUACGGAGUAAAGUUUCCAAUCUGAGAAAUCCAAAGAACUUGCAUCUAAAAGGUCAGAUUUUCUCUGGAGUAUUAAGUCCUGGGGCAUUUGCUACAAUGACUGCAAUGGAGAUGGCUAGUGAUGAACUCCGAAAUCUCAGAGCCAGCUAUACACAAGCAGGUGUUCAGGAACAUCAGCUACCCCAAGGUGUUGAUGGCCUCCAGACAAAUAAAAUUAAAUGCCGGAAGUGUGAAAGGUUUAAUUGUACAGUUACCAUGAUUUCAAGGGGAACUCUGUUUCUGCCUGCUUGGGUGCGUGCUGGAAAUCCUGAUGAAGAAAUGAUGACAUUUGUCAUUUGUAACGAGUGUGGAGAGAAGUGGUAUCACAGUAGGUGGAUCUGUCUGUGA